GACCAGUUUCAAGUACUCAACAAUGGAGGUUGCAGAAUUGGAGACGGUACUGAAGACAUUUGAAUCUGCUUUGUCCCAAAUUAAAUGGCGCCUCAAACUUUCUUCCAAGCGUCGCCUUGAAAUAGACAUUAUGGCCUUGUGCACUGAGAUGAGGCCAGUUGUAAUGGUGGACUAUGGAGGGAAGAUGCCUGAACUGCAAGAACGGCUUUGUGCAUUCCUCAAGCAUUGCAAAGAGGACUGCUCAAUAUUUAAGCCUUUGCAUGUUAUGGUUAUAGAAGAUAUGAUAUACUUGGUUCACGCAAGCGCAUUUGCAGAGUUUGUUAAGUCUAGUUUGAACUUGGAGAUGAGACUGAUCUUUGUAGACCUUGAAUAUGAUCCUCCAAAGAUGAUAACACAAGCAGAAGAAAGCUGUGUGGCUGCAGAACUUGUAUUGGCACAAAAGACAUUUUCGUCCGUCUUUUCUGAAAAUGGAAUAAAGAUUGAUCACUUGGAACAUCAGAAACCAGAAGUUAGAGCAAACACCGACUCAUCUUUAUAUAAGCCAACUUCUUCACUGUCUUCGGAUGUAAUUGAUCUCAGUGAAUGCAUUAAAGAUAGUCGUGUUACUAUCCCAACUCUAAAUGGAUGGCUGCUUGGUUAUCCUAUAGUUUACCUAUUUGGGAUGGCUCAUAUUGAAAAUGCCAUAUAUAACCUCUCUACCAAGUCUCUGAAUCUUUUCCAAGUCCUUGUUUGCAGGAGUGCCAGAUGCAAUAGAGGAUCUCCGGCCCAAAAAGAGGAACUAAUGAGUUUCUCUGUGCCAUAUGACUUGAGCUUGGAGGGAAUGGAUGAACCAUGGGUAGAGACAUUUUUGACUCGCAUAAAGGCAAAGCAAGAAAGAUGCAACCAAAUUUGGACAUCCCUACAAAUGGAGGUUAACACUUGUUAUCCACAAGCAAUCGCGUUAUAGUAAGUCGCUGCUUUGUGCUUAGCCUCUAAGUAUUUGAUUUGAACAGAAUUGCAUAAUGUUUUUACCAGCCAUUUUCCAUCAAACAUGAUAUCAGAAGAAUAUCAGCUUUAAGUCACAGUUA